CUCUGCUGUUGCUCCGUGGUUGGCACCGCCUUCGUUUUACUCACACUCUCUGGUCUCUGCUUGGUGCCGCUAAGUUGCUUCCUUAUCGCCCCCAUCAUUCCACACCGGCUAGUGCACCUGUCACAUUGUUUGGUUUCUGCAACAAAAGGUGCAUACCACCACUACCCAAACCCAUCCUUCCCGCUCAUUGCUCCAGACCGGGUCCCAAGCUAUAGAGCUUGCAUCCCAAACAUGAUAACUGACAAAUCAGUAACCACCUAGAUCAUUCUCUCCUCCCCUUUGUCAUCG